AUGUCAAACUUGAGUCAAACUACUGAUUUGAGGAAAAGGAAGAGGAAAUCGGAAAGUGGUUUCAGGUUCAAGACUUUUGGUGAACAUGGUUGCCCAGUUGAGUUUGAGGGGCCAUUGCCGUUUAGGUAUAAUUUAGAAGCAUUACUUGAAUAUGGAAAUUUGGAGAGUAAUUUAUUUGGUGGAAUGCAAAGCUGGUCAUUUCAGCUUGAAGUCCAUCGCCAUCCUCCAUUCCACAUUCUCUUAUUUGUCGUGGAGGAACCCAUUGAGGCUUCAAUCAACAUUCACUGCAAGCACUGCCAAUACGUUGGGUGGGGGCACCAUAUGAUCUGCAACAAGAAGUAUCAUUUUGUGAUACCUUCCAAAGACACGGUGACUGCUUGUUUGAACUGUGAAGGUGGGUGUGAUGUGGUAGAUGUUGCAAAGGGUAAGUUGAACUUUGUGGAAUUACAGGGUCAUAUUAUGCAUGGUGUGUUUCACUCUAAUGGUUUCGGCCAUUUGCUUUGUAUCAAUGGAGUCGAAGUGGGUUCGGAUUUGACAGGACACCAGAUCAUGGAAUUUUGGGAUCGUCUCUGCACUGGAUUGAAAGCCAGGAAAGUGAGUUUAAAUGAUGCAUCACAGAAGAGAGGCAUGGAGUUGAGGCUCCUUCAUGGGGUUGCAUAUGGUGAGUCAUGGUUUGGUCAUUGGGGAUACAAAUUUGGACGUGGAACAUAUGGAAUUACCCAACCUGUUUAUCAGAAAGCAAUUGAAGCCAUACAAGGCAUGCCGCUAUGUUUACUAAAUCAUCAUCUUGCUAAUCUCAACCUUGAAAUUCCAGUCAUUUUUUCAAGGUACCAAACACUAUCAGACAAUUCAUUGGCUACUCUUGGUGAUCUUUUCCACUUUAUGCUAGAACUUAAAUCCUGCCUUCCAAAAGAUCAAAGCUCCAUUGAUUCCUACAAUCAAGGAAUCCUCGUUGAAGCUAAUUGUAGAUGGUCAGCUAAGCGAGUUGAAAUGGCAACUAGAGUGAUUGUAGAAGCACUAAAAAGCGCAGAAUUCAGGUGGGUUUCAAGGCAAGAAGUCAGGGACGCUGCUCGUGUAUAUAUCGGUGAUACAGGUUUACUAGAUUUUGUGCUCAAGUCGCUUGGAAAUCAAAUAGUUGGGAACUACCUUGUUCGUCGUAGCUUAAACCCGGUAACAAAAGUACUAGAAUAUUGCCUAGAAAAGAUCUCUGAUGUAAUCUCUAACCAAGAAGCCAAUUUGGUCAUCAAUAAUUCUAAUGUCAAGGCUCGAUACAAGGUCACAAAAGCUCAACUCAUGAAGGAUAUGUUCUAUGUGUUUAAGUACAUUUUGAAAGACCACAAUGCAGCAAUGAACACUGGGUUGUUUAGUGCAAUACCAGUGGCUACAAGAGUGAUUCUUGACACCAAAUACUUCGUGAAAGAUCACUAUUGUGGAGAGAUUUCUUCAAAAGUUGAACUAGGUUUUGAACCAAAACUAAGACUCUAUUGCACGGUCAUAUUAAAAGGCCAUGAAAAUACAGGAACAACAACAACAAAGAGGCCAUUGCUACCAUAUGAAUGCAUAACCAUGAAAAGCAACGAUACAUUUGAUGACCUUAACCUGGAAGUGGAGAGAAAUUUCAGAGAGAUCUACUGGGGACUGAGGAAUUUAGAGGUAGAGUCAAUAGUGAAUUUAAAUGGUGGGAAGGGAACAGAUCUGGUAUUCGGAGUGGUUGAAGUGGGUAGGAAAAUAAUUUUAGAAGGAAGCUGCAAGAAAGAUGGAGGAGUUGUGAAAGAACUUAUAUAUGAAAGUGGUGUAAAUAACAGGAUUGUGGAUUGCCCCUGUGGUGGGAAAGAAGAUGAUGGUGAAAGAAUGAUCUCUUGCGAUAUAUGUGAAGUUUGGCAACAUACGAGGUGUGUUCGUAUUCCGAAUAAUCAAGAAGCCCCGCAUAUUUUCCUCUGCAACCGAUGUGAGCGAGAGAUCGUACCUCUUUCUUCACUCCCAUAA